AUGUGUGUGCUAGCAUCAAUCAUCGUAGUGGCACUGUUGGGAAUGUUUGAGAAAUUUGAAACGCUAUCGGUACUAUGGAAGCUAUCGAAAAUUGAUUUCAGCAUAUGGGUCGUAGCUUUCGUUGCAACCUUGGGUAUAGACGUAAUGGAAGGUCUAGCUAUAGCCAUAUUUUUUGCACUUUUCACUACAGUAAUCCGAGAGCAGUGGCCAAGGUGGCAUAUCCUGGCCAAUAUCUCUGGAACAAACGAUUUUCGCGAUAUGGAGCGAUACAAGCAUAUUUAUUUCUUCAAUGUAAAUUUUUGAGA